UUUUAAGAGAAGCAUGGGGAGUUGCUAGAGCGAAAAUGGAUUCUUUAUUUCACGUCCUGGUUUCUACCUGUCUUGCGUUGACAUUCUCAGAAGGGUUUCUGAUUAUCCAUGUCCAGAAACAGCAGUGUCUUUCAGAAAAGAGAGGAGUCAUUAUGGAAAAGUGCAAUAUGACUGACCUGAACCAGAAGUGGCAGUGGAUGGCAGAUGACAGGCUCCUCCAUGUGAAGUCUGCCCAGUGCCUGAGCAUCUCCACACGCUCUGCUCUGUCGUCUCGCAGCAUCACCGUUGAUUGUCCCCAGGCAGUCAGGUGGAAUUGCCACGAGGAUGGGCUCCUGAAGGUGGCCAACAGCUCCCUUUUCCUCACAAAACAAGGUCAGAAGGUCAUGGCCAAGUGGAGUAAAAAAUACCUUCAUACAUGGAUGCAGCUAAAAGCCAGCGAGACAGGAAAACCUGUUUAUGUAAAUCUGUGCUCAAAGCAAGAUCUCCAAGAUGCAGACACUUCUGUGUGGAGUACUAGAACCACAUCCUCCUCUUCAAGUGCUGCUACUUCUAGGCCUGAAAAUGUGUUAAAGAGUAGCACAGAGAUGCUCAUCAGAAAUGUGACUGAACACUUCAGUAAAAAUCCCAUUGAAAACCUCUACUUUGACUUGAAAUCUGCAGUAACAGAGAAAGCCUGGAUUCCAACAACCACACUUCAAUACUCUAGCACUACAGAAGAGGCCGCGCCGGAGCAGGCGGCGGGAUGCAGCGCCAACCUGACGGAGCGGAGCGUCACCGGGCAGAGCGUUCGGCUGCGCUGGGGCACCGCGGGCCGCGCCUGCAACUUCAGCCUGAGCGGGCACUCCGAGGAUGGGGAGGCAGCCGGCUGCCAGCCCGCCCCCGCGGGCAACGGCACCUACGGCUGCACCCUGCGGGGCCUGGAGGCCGGGACCUGGUACCACCUGCGCAUCGAGCCGCUCGCCGGCGGCGAGGCUCUCAACAUCUCCCUGCAGACAGAUCCCUUGCCACCAUCUCAUUUGGAAAUUAAUAAGGAAAAAACUACACUCACAAGCUUGCAGGUUCAAUGGGAUCCUUCCUCAGGAAAGGUGGACAUGUAUAACCUAGUAUUACUUGAUCGUGAUUAUAAAAAGAUACAAGAAGUCUCCAUACCAGGAAGAAUAUCAAAAACAGAAAAUACAUUUUCCAGUCUCAUUCCUGGGAAUAAAUACAACAUUGUCCUCAGUGCUGUUGCUGGAAAUAAGACUACCCCAGAACUUCACAUUAGUGGAUCCACUGUGCCAUCUCCUGUGAAAAAUAUUCAGGCCAGUGUCAAGACAGACACUAUCCACGUUUCGUGGUCUUCUGGCUCUGGACGUGUGGAUCGUUACAGGCUGCUGUUGCUGGAUAAUCAUGUACCAGUUCAUGAGAUUCACCAGGAAGGUUCCCUGACCUCCUACACCUUUUCAGGACUUACAGCAGGCCACCUGUAUAACCUCUCUAUCAUAACCCAGGCUGCAGGAUUGGAGAGCAGCAGUUUUCAAACAAUCAGGACAGCCCCAGCUGAAGUCUUAGAUUUGAUGGUGACUAACGAUGGCAGUUUAGAUGCUUUAAAAGUUAAGUGGAGAAGACCUUCAGGAAACCUCAAUUUCUAUAAUAUCACUCUGUCUCAUCUUGGAUCAGUUAAAGAAGUCAAAAGUGUGCAGCCGCCAGUCACAGAGACACAGUUUGACAAGCUAACUCCAGGACGUCUGUAUCAGGUUGCUGCCCGCACAAUCAGUGGUGAGCUGUUCACCGAUCGGACGGCAACUGGCAGGACAUUUCCCCAGAAAGUUUUGGAGCUGCAGGCCGGUGCUAGUGGCUGGCCGCGGUCUCUGCGAGUGACCUGGGUGCCCCCUGCGGGAGACUGGGAGAGGUACCACCUGCUCCUGUGGAAUCGCUCAGCCCUGGUGCUCAACACCACCCUCGGCAAGGACAGCACCGAGUACCUCAUCCGUGAUGCAGGGCUCAUCCCAGGCAGGGAGUAUGGCGUGGAAGUCAUUGUGGAGAGCGGCGAUUUGCAGAGCAAGACGAGUUGCACGGGAAGAACAGCUCCAGAGCCUGUUCUCCAGCUCCGUGUGAAGCAUGCUAAUGAAACUUCGCUUAGUGUCAUGUGGAUGACCCCUGUUGCAGAAUGGGACAGCUAUGUGGUUUCCCUGGAAGUCAGUGAGCUCCCUAUUGUAAAAAAAGGACUUGCAAAAGAAGCUAAGGAAUUCACUUUCACUGACUUGAUACCUGGAAGGAAGUAUACAGCAAUCAUCACUACCAUUAGUGGGACUUUAAGCAACUGGACUUCAGUAGAAGGAAGAACAGUGCCAGCCCAAGUGACAGGUCUGACUGUGUCAAGUCAGGGAUCAACCAACAGCUUGUUCACCAACUGGACAAGAGCGCUGGGAGAUGUAGAUUCAUACCAAGUGCUACUGAUUCAUGAGAAUGUUGUCAUUAAAAAUGAAACUGUUCCCAGUGAAACUAACAGAUAUCAUUUCUAUGCCCUGAAACCUGGAGGACUCUAUUCAGUUGUUGUCACCACUGUCAGUGGAGGGAUAUCUUCAAGGCAAACAAUUGCAGAGGAAAGAACAGUUCCUUCCAGUGUGACUGGAGUAACAGUAAAUAACUCGGGUCGGAGUGACUACCUCAGUGUUUCGUGGCUGCCAGCUUCUGGAGAUGUAGACAGUUAUUUGGUAACACUCUCUCAUGAUGACAAGAUUGUUCAGACUCUCACCAUUUCCAGAUCAUUCAGUGAAUGCUCCUUCAGCAGCCUUACUCCUGGGACGCUUUAUGAUGUGAUGAUAACCACCAAGAGUGGAAAGUAUGAAAACUAUUCCCUCAGCCAGGAACGAACAGUCCCUUCAAGUGUCCAGGGACUUACUGUCAGCAAUUCAGCCAGAAGUGACUACUUGAAGGUGUCCUGGUUACAUGCAUCUGGAUAUUUUGAUAAUUAUGAAGUGACCAUCAGGAACAACAAUGAUUUCAUUCAAACAAAAAGUGUCCCAAAGGAUGAAAAUGAAUGUGUGUUCACCAGUCUGGUCCCAGGGAGGCAGUACAGUGUCACAGUCAGCACAAGGAGUGGGAAAUAUGAAACGAGUGAAAGAGUCUAUGGCAGAACAAUGCCAGAGUCAGUGAAGGAACUGACUCUUAGUAACAGAAGCACAGAAGAUCUGCAGGUAACUUGGUCAAAGGCAGAAGGGGAUGUUGAUAAGUAUGAGAUUCAGCUCCUCUUCAAUGAUAUGAAGAUUUUCCCACCCAUUUUCCUUGGGAACACCAUUGAGGAGUAUUGGUUCACAGCUCUGACUCCAGGACGUCUAUACAAAAUUCUUGUUUUGACCAUCAGUGGAGAUGCACAGCGGGCUACUUUCAUAGAAGGCCUGACAAUUCCAAGCAAGGUCCGAAACAUUCAUGUGUCACCUAAUGGCAUGACAAACAGUCUGAAAGUGAGCUGGACCCCUGGAGGUGGAGAUGUUGAUUCCUACACAGUGACUAUAUUUCAACAAAACCAUCAACUUGAUUCUCAGAGUGUCUCCAAACACAUCUCUGAGCACAUGUUUCACAAGUUGGAAGCUGGGGAGCAGUACCGGGUGGUGGUGCAAUCUAACAGUGGCACCUUGCACAACACCUUAGCAGCUUUUGGGAGAACAAUUCCAGCCUCUGUCCAGGAAUUAUUAGCCCAUCAUGCAUACAGCAGUCAUUCCUUGUUAGUAACCUGGCAGAAAGCUCCUGGUGUAGCUGAAAGAUAUGACAUUCUGCUCUUGAAUGAGCAAGGAAUCCUCCUGAGUAACAAAUCAGAGCCAGCUACUGCCAAACAACACAAAUUUGAAGAUUUACUAGCUGGCAAGAAGUAUAAAAUACAAGUUUUGACAGUUAGUGGUGGACUCUUCAGUAAGCGUGCAGAAACUGUUGGUCGAACAGUUCCAGCAGCUGUUACAAAUCUGAAAGUCACAGAGAACACCACUGACCGACUGUCCUUCAGCUGGACCACCUCUCAAGGGGAGCUUGAUUCGUAUGACAUCUUUCUGUACAAUCCAGACAAGUCCCUUCAUGACAGGAUUUCAGGAGAGCAGCAGCUCCAGCAGUGUUCGUUCCAGAACCUGCGUCAAGGCAGGAUGUAUCGAAUGGUGAUUGUUACACACAGUGGAGACCUCACUAAUGAGUCAUCUGUCUAUGGAAGAACAGUACCAGCCCCAGUUGUUGGUCUCAAGGCAUCCAACCAAAACAUGACGGACAGUCUGUGGUUCACUUGGGGUCCAGCAGCAGGAGAUGUUGACUUCUAUGAGCUGAAUCUUUACAACCCAAAUGGAACACAGAAAGAAACUGAGCAGAUGAAAGACCUGGAAGAGUGGCAUUUCCAGGGGCUCGUUCCUGGCAGAAAGUAUACUUUGGUUGUGGUGACUCACAGUGGUGAGCUGACCAACACAGCAAAUGCUGAAGGAAGAACAGCACCCAGCCCUCCUAACUCUGUGUCAUUUACUGAUGUUGCAAACACUUCUUUAUCAAUCACUUGGCUGGGUCCUCCAGACUGGACAGACUAUGAUGAUUUUGAGGUGCAGUGGCUUCCAAAGGAUCCCCUCACAGUAUUCAAUCCCUACAGCAGCAGCAAAUCUAAAGUACGCAUCAUCUAUGGCCUGCGACCAGGGAGGCUCUAUGAGUUCAGUGUCAGAACUGUCAGUGGCAACAGCUGGAAGACAUACAGCCAGUCACAGUCUGCAACUGUGAGAACAAAGCCAGACAAGAUACAAAGCCUCCACUGUCGGCCCCAAACCUCUACUGCCAUCGCAUGUUCCUGGACUCCUCCCGAUUCUGACUUCGAUGGCUAUAGCGUUGAGUGCAAGAAGAUGGACACCCGUGAAGUGGAAUUUUCUAAAAGGAUAGAAAAAGACAAGUCUCUACUUAAUAUUAUGACCCUUGUUCCCCACAAGCGAUACCUGGUGUCCGUCAAGGUGCAUUCUGCAGACAUGACGAGUGAAGUGGUUGAAGACAGCACCAUCACAAUGAUUGAUCGUCCUCCUCAGCCACCUCCAGAUGUACGAGUGAACAAAAAAGAGGUGCUGAUUACCAAAUCCUCCAUCAACUUUACUUUUAACUGCAGCUGGUUUAGUGAUACUAAUGGAGCUGUGAAGUACUUUACUGUGGUUGUGAGGGAGGCUGAUGGCAGUGAAGGACCAAAGCCCGAUGAGCAGCACCCGUUACCCUCCUACCUGGAGUACAAACACAAUGAUUCUAUACGCAUCUACCAGACAAAUUAUUUUGCCAGUAGCUGUGCUGAAAACCCUGACAGUGACUAUAAAAGCUUUGACAUUAAGCUUGGAGGAGAAAUGGAAAAUCUGGGAGGAAAGUGUGAUCCAGAUCACCAGAAAUUCUGCGAUGGACCUCUAAAGCCUCGAACUGCGUACAGAAUCAGCAUACGAGCUUUUACUCAGCUCUUCAGUGAAGACCCAAAGGAACUUCCUAAACCGCUCUUUGCAGACACCUUCUUCUCUUUACCGAUCACUACAGAGGCAGAGCCUCUUUUUGGAGUUAUUGAAGGUGUGAGUGCUGGCUUGUUUCUGAUUGUGAUGUUGGUGGCUGUUACUGCUUUAUUUGUCUGCAGACAAAAAGUUGGCAAUGGCCAUGAGAGACCUACAGCGAGACUGAACAUUCGCAGAGACAGGCCACUGUCAGUCCAUUUGAACUUGGGGCAAAAAGGGUACCGGAAAACUUCCAGUCCGAUCAAAGUCAGUCACUUUGAAGCACACUUCACCAAACUUCAAGCAGACUCCAACUACCUUCUGUCCAAGGAGUAUGAGGACUUGAAAGAUGUGGGUCGAAACCAGACAUGUGACAUAGCACUUCUGCCAGAGAACAGAGGGAAAAAUCGAUACAAUAAUAUAUUGCCCUAUGAUACAUCAAGAGUGAAGCUUUCCAAUGUGGAUGAUGACCCUUGCUCAGACUACAUUAAUGCAAGCUACAUACCAGGCAAUAAUUCCCGCAGGGAAUACAUAGCAACCCAGGGUCCUUUGCCUGGAACCAAAGAUGAGUUCUGGAAGAUGGCAUGGGAGCAAAAUGUUCACAAUAUUGUCAUGGUAACCCAGUGUGUUGAGAAGGGCCGGGUAAAGUGUGAUCAAUACUGGCCCCAUGACCAGGAUUCCUUGUACUAUGGAGACCUGAUUGUUGAGAUGCUGUCUGAAUCAGUGCUCCCAGAGUGGACCAUACGAGAGUUUAAAAUCUGCAGUGAAGAGCAGCUUGACUCAACGAGGCUCAUUCGUCACUUCCACUACACUGUAUGGCCAGAUCAUGGUGUGCCAGAGACCACCCAAUCCCUGAUCCAGUUUGUCAGAACUGUAAGAGAUUAUAUCAACAGGACCCCAGACACAGGACCAAGUAUUGUACACUGCAGUGCUGGUGUUGGCAGGACUGGCACAUUCAUUGCACUGGACCGAAUUCUGCAGCAGCUGGAUUCGAAGGACACUGUUGACAUUUAUGCAGCAGUCCAUGAUCUAAGGCUUCACCGUGUUCACAUGGUUCAGACAGAGUGUCAAUAUGUGUAUCUACAUCAAUGUGUGAGAGAUGUGUUAAGAGCCAGAAAACUUCGCAGUGAACAAGAAAAUCCCUUAUUUCCAAUAUAUGAAAAUGUGAAUCCAGAGUAUCACAGAGAUGCUGUUUAUUCAAGGCACUAAGAGAUAUCUGCUUUCAUGAACACAUUUGUUAACUAGGGGUUUUGUUUUUUUUUUUUAUGUAUGUAUUUCAUGCACCAGAAAGGUGCCAGACCUUUUGGAUGAGACUGUGUAUAAUUUAUUGGUCUGGUGAUUUUUUAAAAGAUAUAUAAUUUAAAUGUAAUAGAUAUUAAUGUAUAUAAUUGUAUUUUGGCAUUGUGUAAAUAUGUAUUUUUUUCUAUAUUGUUUAUAUUAAUAUUAUGCUUCAGAUAAUACUAUUUUUUCUUAUCAGUUUUUAUAAACUGUUCUACAUAAACUAUUUUAAAUUGUAUGACUAACAGGACUGCUGCGUUUGGGGCACUAUUGGCUUGACAUGGAAAAAGUCCUAUACAGAAAACCUCAUUUUUAAAAAAUAUUUCAGUGUUUGUGAGAUGAAAUAAGCUACUAUUAAGCAAGGGAACAGUAGUCCUGUUUAGCAAUUACAAUGCUACUCUACACUUUAAAUUUACUGCUUUUCACCUGACAAAAAUGGGAGUAACCCCUAUCACAGUGGCAUACCUUUUACAGAACUCUUUAACAACUGACCCAAACAGGGUUCAUCUCACUAGAAGCAACUGUUUCAGUCUAGUGUGACAUAGUAGAAAAAUAUCAAACAACAUACGCUGCAGUGAAGUCUAGCAGACCUUUCUCUGACCACAUACUUUGGGAGGAGACAGGUCACAUACUGGUUUCUUUACACUGGUUUAAGAGAGCAGAAUCAGACCACAACUUGUGUCUGUGCACUUUCACGUGUGUAAAAUUUUUAUUAAGAAAGGUGUUCAAAGACACUCCUCAGACAUUUGUGUUGACAAAACUGUGAGGAUGUGAAGUCUGGCAACUUCCAUAGCUCAUCAGAAACAAUGCUGUACCAUGACAGCCAAAAAAGUAGAGAGAUGGCAAACAUUGAAACAAAGACAUAUAAAGGUAUAUAUCCCACAGUUUACUCAACUGGAGUAAAGCUGCACUUUGCCCUAAGUGUUGGUAUCUUUCAAAUGCCACUUGCUUUCACAGUGGGACAGUUUGGCCCCAGCAUGUCUCCAUAGAAAGAAUUCUCCACUGGAAUGUUACAUGAUGUCACCACCACAGGGGCAGUUGGAAAGGAAAAUGGUUCAUCAGGGAAUGUAGGCUGGCAGGGCUGUCCUAAUCAUAGAAUCAUCAUGUUUUGGGUUAGAAGAGACAUUAAAGGUCAUCUAGUUGCAACCUCCAUGCCCUUAGGCAGGUGCUCAUUACCGAAAACAUGUUUAAAAUUCAAAACAUAUCAACUUAAUUUUGUAUAAAUAAAAGAACUGAAUGAUAGCAAGAAGUACAGUCAAAGAACACUUACCAAGUAUCCUGCCCUGCCAAGUGGAUUAUGCACAGCCCCUCUCUCCUCUGCAAAGAGGCAUCUCAUUCAAGGGUCUAAACACUCUGUUCAGCUAUUACUUAUCUUUAUAAAAUGCUCCUCAAACAAAUAGUGAAGAGACAGUACGCAGUACGUCUCCACCAUGAAAAGAAGGAAGGGAUUCAUAGUUCUUCUUUCAUAUAUCUACCCAUACUUUUCGUAGAGAAAACUUAGCUUGUUGCUGAAGACAAGUGCCUAAAUUCCACUUUUGUUUUGGAGAAAAAUAAAUAUUUCUGAAGGCCUUCUGAGAAUCAGUAAGUAGCUAACUGAGUGCCUAACUGAGGAACUCCUGUGCCACAGCAGGACUGUGUAUAUCCAUGUUACUCCACUCUUCCUACUUCAUUGGGAAUCUCAUCCUUUCAUCUUGACCAAAUACCCUCACAUGCCUCAGAAGCCACCCUUCAAAUCAGCUUUCACAGCUGCUCAGAGCAUGUAAACUUGGUCAUUCUUUUUAGGGGUUUCUGAAUGAAAAUACUGCUCAUCUCUGCUGCGUAUCCUCUUUGGUACCACACAAACGUCAAAAUUCACCAACCUUAAGGGAAACCGAAGAAGAAGGCAGCUAGCAUUAGAGUGGAAGACGCUUUCACAGAGGAAAGUCUAAGCAAAACUAUAAAGAAAUGAGCACAUUUUCUGCAGAUACCUUCUUUUCUCUAUUUCCUUUGCUAUAUGGCUAGGUUAGCAAGCAGGGACAAACAAGCAUCUCAGCUUUAGAUCAAUUGUUGAUCAGGCUAAUAGCUUCUACACUUAAAUUACCUCACAUUCUAUAUCACCACGUCAUUUUUUAAUGCUGAGGGAAGUGGAGCUCACUCAAUACUAUAUGAUCUGAGGGCAAAAGUCUGAUUGUAUGCUCUGUAUGUGUGUUGUUCAUCAUUUUCAGAAAGACACACAUCAUUCUGCAGUUUAUUUUAUCAUUCUCAGCUCCCUUGUCUGUAGCUACAGAGUUUGUACAUGUGCACCCAGAAUUAUGUCAUAGCAGACAGCUAGUUUCAUCUUUUCUCCCAGCUAAUAAUGGACACUGUUCAUAAGCCUCUUCCUCCUCAUCACUUCAUAAUAUGACAGAUGACCUUAAACACUCUGGCACGAUGCUCUUGAGCAGCUUUACAUUUCUGCCCAAGUAGGUCACACAUGAGACUGUAUACACACAUUAUUGCUCUGGUUCUGCUCUCUAGCCAAUUCUGCUCAUAUGAAACCAGUGAGAAAAAGUAAAAAAGUAUCUAUGUAGCAUUUUUUUACUAUACAAUACCUACUUAUCAGUAUAAGUAGUUAUAUUUAUUGUGCCUCUAAGCUGAAUAACAGGACUGAUGGGAAAUUGUUAAUGUAACAGAAUAGAUUUGAGGGAGCUUGUGUGCUGAACGAAGGCAUCUCUUAAGGAAAAAGACAUCUUUUGAAUGUCCUUGAUAAUGUUCAGAAUUCCCUUCUUGAUAUUUCCCAAUAAUAAGGUUAGAAAGCAAGGCUAGUUUUGUUGAUGAUCCAUAAGCUAAGAUUUGCACACUUGGAGCCCAUCCUUUGAAUCUCUGCAUGGUCCACAAAGCUACCUGAGUACUGUCAUGAAAGUCAACUGGAAUGCUUGCCUGAAGAAAAUACUGUUCCACUUCUGAAGCACUUGCAGGGUUGGGCUUUUAGGUUAAUUCAAAUUUUUGUAUUGAAAGUUAUUUAAUAAUGAAAAAAUUGUAAUAAGUGUUUUUUUUAAUCUGUGCAAUAAAAUUACAUGAUCCACUAGCAAUUGUAGGGGGAAAAUAGAUUUUACAUAGCUGGAGUUGAUAAAUGAUAUUUUUUGUUACUAAUGGAACACAAAAGUGGGUGAGAGAAAUAGGCAUACUGUGAAGAUGUCAAAAAGUGCAACUUUAUACAUUUUUCUCUGCUGCUAUAGUUAUUUAGCAAUAAAUAAUGCCUAAAAUGCCAGAAAUAUUAUUUUGUGCCAUAAUAUGCAAUGAAUUUCCUUCCAAUUGUAGAACAGAGAAAAGAAAAUGUGUGAGCUUUAAGUUUAUAUAAUGUAUUGUAUAUGGUUAUUUACACUUUGACUUUGAAAGCACAAAGUUAAACACUAGAGAGAUAGGAGUACCAGAGCACUCAGCUGUGCUCCUCAGCCUGGGAUUUAAUAUAUGGGCUGGAGGGAUGAGAACAAUAGCCAUCAAAUCACUCUAUCAGCAUCUCUCUCCAAGGCCACAGAACAGAGAAAUGCAUCUGACACUCAGAGAUACAGCCUACCACAGACACAGCUUCAUGUCCAAGGAGUGCCUUGGCAGGUGCUUAACAUUUAUUCAGAUUUCUUUCAAUACUUCUGACAUACAGUUUGCGUAAAUAAAAUGCAAUAUAGAAUGACCGCCACUCCCUUCGCGGCCCUGUCACAGAUGUCUGGGCUCUGGAGCUGUGAGCUCUGGGCCUGUAAUCCCAGGAUGCUGUAACUUUGAAUUGAAAUGAGUGCUCACCCCAGUAUUUGAGCAACUUACUGUAGACCCCGUGCCCUCAAUUGUCUCCCUCACACUGACAAAAUCAAACUCCUGACAUGUUGGGAGCACCUCUGUGGCCAAAGCAAACUGGUUUGUUAUCAGUGAUCUCACAGAUCAACAGCUGGUUCAAACUGGGACUUUUUGUUUUAAGGCUUGCAGGAAAUGCUGGAGACUAGGGACCAGCUAAUUGAGUAAAAACUGUGGAACUGGAACACACACAGUGUCAGCAAAGCAGGUAGUCUAAUAUCCAUGACAGUUUAGUUGUUUCUUGGUUUAUUUGAAAGCUACAGAAAUACUGUAAGCAACAUUAGGAAGCUAAAUAUAUAUUGCUCUAGAGCAGGGCAGUACACUAUAGUGAAAACCCCACAGUUUUAAAAUUUGGCUAGCCAUAAAUUCUUUGCCAGUGCUUGGAGUAAAGUGUCUGAAAAACAUCUUCAGUAUUUAUUCCAUGCUCAUAUGCAAUAUAAUUACUUAUAAUUGUGUUCCUAACAAACACUGGGUGAACACAGGACUGUGCUACUAUUGUCAAUUUAAUUUAUGCAUUUAGGUAUAUUUUUAUAUUUUUAGCUACAGCCAACAAAUCAAAUAUAUUUGAGUGUAUUUUACACAUUUUUAGAAAUACUUCGUGAAUAAAACAUUCAU